AUGACUCAAUGGAACCGAUACAUGUUGCAGCCUGGCUUAAAGCAAUUACUGAUUUCAAAACAAAAAUCAGCUGGUGAUGAUAUAAAGUCGUUGAAUGAGGAUUACAGUUAUAAAAUUCUUUUUCUUUCCAGCAUUAUUCCCGAUCAAAGUAACGCACGAUUUUUACCGACUAUCCUGAUUGAUGAUGAGCAUGCGGAACUCUUGAUUAAAAGGGGGCUUAGCAAACAAAAACUUGUUGACAUGUAUAAUGCCGAAGACGCCGUUAUGGUUGGCAAAGGGGUUUUUGUCAACUGCCUGAAAUAUGGUUCGGUAGACUGGAAAAAAGCGAAUGAGAGUAUCGAGUCUAUUAUUGAGUUGGCUCACAAUAUAUCGCGCUCUGAAAUCAUUCAGGCGCCCACCGUUUAUCCUUUAAAUGAUGGUACCUAUAAGGUACUCACUGGCCACAGACGCUUCCUGGCGAUGAUUUACAAUUUUGGCGUUAACGGUAACGGUCAGUUUAAAGUCUAUGAGAGUCAACCUGUUUUAACGAAAUUGAAACAGUUCCAGGAAAAUGCAUGUAGAGAAGAUUUGCCGCAGUACGGAAAGCUUGAAGCUUUUAUGAAUGCGCGCAUGGAAUUGGACACUUUAUCAGAUGUCAGAAAGCAACUUGGACAAAAGAAGUUGACGGUCAGGGAAGAAGCUAGCUUGCUUGGAAUUUCAUGGGAGCCUAUGACAAUUAUAAUGUGUUGA